CCAUAACAGUUGGCGUCACGAACAGGAUCCUACGAGUGGAAUCCGGCGGGGGACGGGGACCCGGUGAUCGGCCAUCCUGCGGACAAAUUGCUGCAGCCCCACCGCCAUUGACGGACUCUACGGGGACUGGGUUCGCACCUGCCGACCGGACCACCGCUAGGAUCCACGAACUGGUUUUCCCCCUUUGAGGGAAAACUCCUACAAGCACCCGGCAUUGGCUGCCAUGAAGGUGGACCCCGACCUGGACUCGCACCCCCCUCGACGCCGUCAUCCUCACGACCAGCCACCACCCCUGCUAGAUGGAGCUGUGGGAGGAGGACCUGCCCCGGAAUCAACUACGACUCCGAGUCCCACCAGGUCUCCUAUCGGCACCCGCAGCCGGCGCCAGCAGCGUUAUACAUCUCCAUCUCCACACGCGGUUUCAUCCACUGUGACCGCUCUGAUGGUGGAGGUUGCUGGUGCUGACGGUCCAAUUCUGGUGUACCGCCCAUGGUCUCCAGAGGAAGUUCAGCUGCACGGAAAACAGCUCCCUGAUCCGGUUGACAAUGGACAGAAAUUCGGGCUUGAAUUUUCAGCGUUCUGCCAAGAAUACAGACCUACCGGAGCGGAGAUAAGAAAAAUUCUUGCCCUGAAGCUGAAGCCCUGUGACCUGGCCAAGAUACGGGAAAGUAUACCCGGGGAUGAAGCCCGUCUGAAAGAUCCGGACUGGGCCCAUGUGGACAAUGCGGGUUUCCGUAAUGCCAUCACAGUACUUACCGCAUCGAUAAAUACGGCGUUUCCCCACCGCACCGAUCUCGCUGCACUGCGUUCUCUGAAACAGGGGCCUCAGGAGCUGGUUGAGGAUUUUCUGCACAGAGCUGAAGAGGUCUUCAAUCGCCAUUCUGGACUACAGCGUCCUCCUAGGCUGGGAGAUGAUGCUGAACCCUGGGAGAAGCUCUUGUGUGCCACUAUUGUGGACGGACUGUUACCCGAGAUGGGGGCCCUCGUACGACAGCUGUAUGUGGGCAUGAGACACGAAGUCCGCCUCGCAACCCUGAGACGGCAUUGCUGCCACGCUCAGGACAUCAUCAGAGAUAAGGUCAACAAGCAGGCCGGGAGACGGGAUGCUGAUCUUCAUAAGGCUGCCUUGACCAUGUACUCGGGACCCCCACCAGCGGGGGGUCGGGGUAAAGGACGAGGAGGUCGCAGGAGCGGGGGACGUGUUCACCCGGAUUCACAGUACUGGUUUGCAUUUGAAUUCGAGGGGAAACCGUACACCUUCACACGGCUGUGUCAAGGUUAUUGUUCGGUCCUUCUGCAGUAUGUGGAUGAUCUCCUGACUGCGGAGCUAGUGGCCCUCACUGAGGCCUGUAAGCUCUCCAGGGGGAAAACUGUCACCAUUUACACGGACUCUCGCUACGCCUUUGGCGUGGUGCACGACUUUGGUGUCCUGUGGAAGCACAGGAAUUUUCUGACGUCUGGUGGGGACUGGAUCCUGGUGAAGGACUUCCGCAGGAAGCACUGGAAAGCCAGACGGUGGCUCGGUCCGUUCCAAGUCCUGCUGGUGACUCACACUGCCGUGAAGGCAACGAUGGAGAUGUUCCUGGUCCUGAUGAUGCUGCUGCCAGUGCUAGCAGUGAUGGCUCCUCCGCUCCACCGUGGGCACGUGGUGGAGGACCUCGCCGGGUCCCAGGACAACCUGUGGUGGAGAGCUGCCCGCGCGUGGGAUGCUAAAACUGUUCUGAAAGGGGACAUCGUAUCCUUCCCCAGCAGGGCGGGCUAUGGGUGUCCCACGGACAUGGUGUGGGUGUCCGUCGUCUCCGGAAGCGGGCUGUUGCAGUUCCGGAGGACAAGAGACGCAUAG